UAUGCUACGUAUAUAAUAUCGAAUAGUUUUUACCCGUUAAUAAAAUAGAUAGUUACGAUUUACCGAUAAAAUAGAGUCUUCAUUCCAUUGGUUAUCAAAUUUAUCAGCGACUAGCGUCACUAUCGCCAAAGAAUAUAUAUAAGUUUAUUUUGAUCGUUAGUCUUGUUCUUUUUUGCAAAAUCAUCAUGUCGUUUAUCACGUUGGUCUAAUUUAAGUCAAACUGUUAAUAUUUUCAUAAAAAAUGAUAUGUUCCAGAUGUAUUAAUUACGUGCAAGCUACAGAAUUGGAUCUAAAACGAUAUAAUAUACAAGGCAUUAUUCAUCGACUCGAUUGUAAAAAAUGUAAUGAAUUUGUAGCUAUAAAAGUGAAUGAUGAUAUUUUAGAUCUAGAUAAUAGUUUUAACGGUAAAUAUGAAAAUAAUUGGAGCGAGAUGAAAACCAAUCAAGAGAGAAUAAUUUAUUAUAUAUUGUGUCAAAUAAUUUAUGUUGAAUUUGAUACUCCGAAACCCGAAAAAUUGGAGACACCAUACGAUUAUGCUGAUAAAUUUGAUAUCGUUUUGAUUAGAUGGGAAAAUGGAAAACCCAUUGGUUUUUAUACCAUUAAACCUAAAGGUACUGAAGUUUAUUCGACCAAAGAAAAAUAUACGAUGCCUGUAUUAGAUACGGCAUAUAUUCGAUCGGCAUAUAGAAAUAAAGGAUUUGGUUCAGAAAUUUUAUUGGAUAUAAUCAAACGUUUUCCUGACGAGGAUAUUGGAUUUUCUAAACCAAUUUCUAACGAUAUGCUGAAAGUAUUGAAAAAUUUUCUAAGAAAUUACAAAGAAUAUAGAUUACGUUUUUGGGAAAUAGCCGAUUGGGACAUCUCUGGUUCACAAAAAUUAAUAUGGUUUGGCGUGAAAGAUAAAUUUCUUUAACGAAGAAUAUUUUGAUUUUAUUCAAAAUGCAAAGCUAUUUGAGUAUUAUAAUAAAAUAUUAAUAUAUUUUCUAAAGGAAA